AUAGAAGCAAAACAUCAUAAGUAUUAAAACAAGAGCUGAAGGAAAAUACAACAUCAAGCAAGUAUAUCGCAGGGAACAAUAACGCACAUAAGCAGUUGUACCGAAACGGAUAAGAUUUUCUGUUAACACAUUCAGUACAGUGAUUUCGACGCAUAUACUACGCACAUUGCGAAUGGAAAAGAUGCACCGUGUAUACUCAGAAUUCUUAGAGAAAUUAUGGCAUGGCGGAGGAAAACUUUAGUUCUGUUUACAUUUAUAUGUCUUAUUGGUUUUUUGUUCAUUCAGGGAUAUGUGAACUUCACAGUGAAAUUACCAACCCAUGACCAUCGUCUCUCAUGGAUGCCCAAUACGACUUCCGGUACUGUAAGGUUAAGUAUCGUUACUUCCGGUGUGGUGCAAGAGGUAAAAAAUAAUCCACAAAGAGGAUCUUAUAAAAUUAUUAAAUCCAAACCACAGCAAAACGGAAGUGAAUUUGAUAUCGGGAGAAAAAAUUAUCAAUUGAACGACUCUGUUAAUCUCGAUGUGUUGAGAUCAAACAGUGGGGCAGUAUUUCAUGUUGAUAGACUGACUGACAAAACAUCCUUAAGCAACCAUCAUCAUGAACCCAUUGAUGGAACGGCAUACUCUGACGUCACAGCUGCAAACGAGCAUGCGCAUAGAAUUCAAACUCUUAAAGCCACAUGUGAGGAAGCGACAAUGUAUAGACGGCAUGAACAGCGCAAGGCUAACCUGAGUGAUUUCUACUAUUUACGAGAACAUAAAUUUGCGUACUGUAAAGUACCAAAGUCCGGUAGUACUUUCUGGAUGAAUGUUUUCAUGAUUCUCAGCAAGGGGGAGAACUUCUCAAAGACUUUAAAUCGCAUGUCAAGGUCAGAAAUACACGAACGCACACGAAACUUCAUUGUUGAUCCAGGAAGAAUUUUGCGCAACGGAAUUCGUACAAUCAUAACUUCGAGAAAUCCAUUUAGUAGAUUAUUUUCUGCUUAUAUUGACAAAGUUUUUGUUCCUUUGUUUUGGAAACAUUUUACAGACAUGGAAAACGUCAUUUUACUACCCCCGUACAAUGUAACCAGCACAAUAGAUGUUUUAAGGUCUUCAAACAGGCCUUUAAGUAGUCGGCUGGCAAAAUAUAGACUCAGUUUGCGAGAAAAGGGAAUGUUGUUUAAGAAAAAUAUAACCCAAAGAAUCGUACCAAUAUGUGCUAAUGGUGCAAGUUUUGAAGACUUUUUGAGGUUCAUAAUCUCUGAAGUAAAUUCUGCUCGAGCUUUAGAGCCUCACUGGGCCCCUAUUUCUCACUUGUGUCAUCCUUGUAGAUUCAACAUCUUUAAAGUUAUAAAACAAGAAUCAUUUUCAAGAGAUGUUGAGCAUACAUUAAAUAGUGUCGGAGUAAAUAUUUUACGUUUUAAUUGGUUGAAAAAAUCAUUAAAUGAAAAUAGGGCAACAAGUUCAGUGCCAGGAAUUAUUGCUGUGGUGAGAGAUAAGUUUAGACAGCGAUCUGUUAGAAACUGCAUAAAUCAAACAGAAAUCCUUCGACGUUUAUGGAAAUCGUUUCAAAUUCAGGGAUUUAUUAGCAAAGAAAUUGACUUUCCUAACCAAUUAAGACAUGUUGAUUGGAACAAUUACAGCCAAAAAGUUACCGAUGUAGUAUUAAACUCCAUUUUGCAAAAACCGAUGACGUCAGCAGAACGGCUAGAGCAACGUGAUUUCUAUUUGAGAGAGGCGUUUAGGGAAAUAUCACCUGACGUCAUAGCAAAAAUUCAGGAUAUUUAUUAUCUAGACUUUUUACUUUUUGGUUAUCAAUUAGAUCCGCCAAAAUAAACUAAAGAUUGUCAAAGUUUCAUUGAAAUGGUAAUCACCAUGUCUGUAUAAUUCAUAUUGAAUUUUAUUUUUGGUGCUUACUGCACCGGUUACGCGAUGUAACGCUAAGGUACUGUAUAAAAACGCUUCAACUUUUGUAAUGCCACUACAGCAUUAUGUUUUAAAGGCACAUUAUGCCUCAGAAAUGAAAAAGAAAUGUUUAUUUUUUUUUGAAAAAGGAAAAUUGAGUUUUAUAACGAUAAAUAACGUAAACGAGCUUGUAAGAUGCUUGUUACCUGAAAAAGUAGCGUCAGUUGUAAAAUUAAUUAUCCCAAAAGUAGCAAAAUGUAAACAAAAUAGUAUUUUGUCUGCCAUACAAAAU